AUGCUAGUUCUCUACACGGUUAUGAAGGCCGAGGAUCAGUCCGUGGAACUCCUACCGUUCCUGCCAUUGCGGCUCGUACGGAGCAAUGUCACAUUCCCUGCAGCAGCAGCGGCGGCGGCAGCAGCAGCAGCAGCAGCAGCGGCGGCUGCAGCAGCAGCAGCAGCAGCAGCAGCAGCAGCAGCAGCAGCAGCAGCAGCAGCAGCAGCAGCAGCAGCAGCAGCAGCAGCAGCAGCAGCAGCAGCAGCAGCAGCAGCAGCAGCAGCAGCAGCAGCAGCAGCAGCAGCAGCAGCAGCAGCAGCAGCAGCAGCAGCAGCAGGCGUGAGCGCAUUUUGA